GGUUGCAGUUGGACAGAAGCACGAUAGGCAAAAUCCUUUCAUAUUAAUAAUGCCUCGUUAGGUGAUCAUUUUUCUAACUCCCCAUACGACUUAAUUACUCGUUUUAGUGUCUCAAGAAACUUAAAAGGGAAUCUCUUCAUCCUCAUAAACCCUAAUCAACUCUUCUCCUUCCUCCAUAAAAGAAAGCUUCAGCCUGAAGCUUGAACUCUUUUCAUCUCUCGAAAAGACAAUGUUUCAGAUCAAUUUUGCUCCCAUCAGAGAAGAUGAAAUCGAGCAAGAUCUAGCCAUGGGUAAUGCUGUAGUGGAGAGCAGUAAUUUAGCCCCCAAUAACGUCGGGAAAAGGGGGAAAAGGCAGCAGAAUCCGCCGGCCACACAACCGGCCAGCGACAACGAUGGCAGUGGUAAGGGAAAUAAAGAGACGAGAGUGAUGCCUAGAGAUAUCGAAAGGCAAAGAAGGCAAGGAAUGGCUAAUCUUUUUGCAUCCAUGCGAUCUCUACUGCCUCUUGAAUAUAUCAAGGGAAGGCGGUCGGCAUCAGAUCAAAUGCAUGAGGCUGUGAAUUACAUAAAUCACCUGAAAGACAAUGUCAAAGAACUGGAAAUCAAGAGAGACAACCUAAAGAAGUUGUCCGAUUCCGCGAGUGGAUUAAGAAGCUCCGCCAAUAAUAUUAAUGGCAUGCAAAGUAGUAGUGCCACCGUCACGGUCAACCAAUGCCGCGGUGGUGGUGUGGAGGUAUUGAUCGGCAGUUGUGGCUUUGCAGAGGAAGGAGGGUUGCCCCUAUCAAAAGUACUGGGAGUGCUAGUUGAACAAGGGCUUGAUGUUGUUAGCUAUAUUUCCAGUGACGUUGAGGGAGGGCUAUUUCACACAAUUAGAUGCGAGGUGAGUGAUCUGAUGUAUAUAGACCUAUUUGAGCUGCAACAGAAAAUGUCUGGCGUGAUUAAUGGCGGGCAGAAUCUCCAGUAAUGAAUCUUCACAGCUAGCAAAGUUGCUCUAAAUGGUAUUAAAUUUUAGCUACUAGCUGCCUCAAUGAUCGUUAAUUUCCCGUCAUCUUAAACAUCGAAGGGAUGAAAAUCAUGUGGUUGAAAUUUUAUUUUUAUGCAACCAAGCUUCAUGCAAUGUUGAUUUGAUUUUUUGUGGUUCCAAUAUCGAUCGGUCUCUGAGCAACUGCAUGCAAUGGAAAAUGAAAGUCUUUGUAUGCUUGGAAAAUCCUCUCUUUAAUUUGGCAGUAAUAAGUAUUUCUGGGGCACUUAGUAGAC